AUGUGCAGCUUCAGCCAGUGCUGCAGCAACAAGAACAGGUGCGGAAGCACCCUCGAGCACUGCACAGUUGGGUGCCAGCCCGGCUACGGGAACUGCGUGCCACGUGUUGCCCGCGAGCCCCUGAAAGUGGGGGAAGCCGACCUCAACGGGAUGGGCCGCAUCCAGAGCUCCGACGGCAGCCCUGGGCCUCCAGGGUCUGUUCCGGUGGACGCAGCGGCCUCCGGCAUCACGAUUGCGGUGCUGGACUCCGGUAUAUCCCCGCACCCAGACCUCAACGUCAUUGGCGGCAGGAACUUUGCACCAGACGCCAGCGACCCGAAUGACUGGACGGACCAAUUCGUCCACGGCACGCCAGUCGCGGGCAUCAUCGGCGCGCGCAACAACGGCAUGGGCGUCUGGGGCGUCCUGCCGGGCGCGCCGCUGUUUGCGGGCAAGGUGCUGUCAGACCUCGGCCGCGGCGACUCGCUCUCCACUGUGGGUGGCAUGCUGUGGGUGGUGCAGAACGGCGUAAGCCUGAACAUAACAGUCGUCAACCUUUCGCUCACCGGCAAGGGCAAAGAUCAACUUCUAUGUGAUGCGAUACAAGCGGCGGUGGACAAGGGGAUGGUUGUAGUGGCUGCAGCUGGCAACGGUGGCGUCGAAAUGAGCGACACCCUUCCAGGCAACUGUGGGGCGGCGAUUGCGGUGACGGCGCUGGACACUGUGUCAGGGUCUCCCAGCGGCGCAGUUAAGCCUGCGUCGUUCAGCAACUGGCUGUCGCCCAAGGCAAGCAAGCUCGACUUGAAGCGGACCGUGACAGCCCCAGGCACUGACAUCCUGUCGACAACUGUCGGUUCCGCCGUUGCGUCAAAGAGUGGCACCAGCUUUGCAAGCCCCCAUGUUGCUGGGGUAGCGGGCCGCUGCUUUGCAGCCGGCGACUGCCGGCUGGGCGCCGGCGCCGCAAAUGCGUUGAAGGUAGUGCAGUCGGCUGCUGCAAAGAAUAAGGCAGAUAAAAAAUUCAGCGGCGCAGGGGCCGACCUGGGCAUGACGGAGCCCGGCGGCACCCAAAGCCGGCUCGGGGCAGCGGCGUCGCGCAAGCGGCAGCCUGAUAGCCCUGGCAAGGGCGCGGUCAAGUACAAGACCUACAGCAAGGAAGAAGACCCCCUCAUCAGCGCCAAAUGGACCCCGAGCCAGCUGAUCCAGAGCCUGACGCGUCCGGCGCGCCAUGCGGACGGCUGGCGCCCGAGGCCUCAAAUCGCCCAGAGCGCUGUGCCAGUCGACGAGCCGCUUUUCCAGCCGUUCCCUCCAGAAGUGGUUUUCACGGGCUACCGGCCCUUUGAAACCUACACCGCCACACUCUCACUGCGCAACAAUGACAAGGUCGCGCGCCGUGUGCGCGUCGAGGCGCCAGACUCCGCGCUCUUCAGCGUCCGGCGCGACACCAGGGUGCAAGGCGCCGGCGCCGGCGGCUUCGCCGACGCCGCGGACGGGCGGGACGACGGUGGCAAGGUGGCCCCGGGUAUGGAGGUCGUUUUCGUCGUCACCUUCCGCCCCCAGGGCCCCGGCGACGCGGCCCACGCGCUCGUCGUCGCGACGGAGCGCGAGCGGUUCCUGGUGCCGCUUGUCGGCGCGGGCGCCGCACCUGCGCUUGAUCUUCCAGACGAGAUCCGCUUCCGCGAGGCGCCGCCCGUCCGCGCGGCCGCGCGGCAGGCCCUCCUCGUCCGCAACGCCGGCGGCGCGCCCGGCGGCUUCGCGCUGGCCGCCAGCGGCCCGUUCUCGGUGUCGCCCGCGCGCGGCUUCCUCGCGCCGGGGGAGACGCUGCAAAUCGCGGUCGCGUUCUGCCCGCCGGCCGCGGGCGCGUGGGAGGGCGAGCUGGAGGUGCUCUACGACGGCGGCGGGCGCGCCACCUACACGCGGCUGCGCGGCGAGGGGCGGGAGCUGGACGUGGGGUUGUCCACGUCAGAGGUGGAGUUCCUGCCGACCUACAUGGGGCGGCUGAGUCAGAAGAGCGUGUGGGUGGUCAACGGCGGCGACCGGCCGGCGGCGUUCGCGUUCAAGCAGCGGCCGAACGAGGCGGACGACUGGGAGGCGGCGCGUGUGGCGUUGGCAGGCAUCGGAGGCGGCGGCGGCGGCGCUGGGGCUGGGCACGACCACUCUCGUUCGCUGCGGCGUGAGGCCAAAGAGGACGCGCCGGCAGCCCGGGCAGCGCACGACGCGCCGCAUCGCAGCAGCAGCCUUGAAUGCGGGGACGCUCGGGUCGACUCGGAGCCCGACGCCGACGGCGGCGGCGGCGCGCGCGACGCGAGCGGCGGCGCCUUGCUUGCCGAGCCGAGCGCGGCCCCGUCCGCCGCGACCGGCUCCAGCGGCGCCGGCGACAGCGUGAUCGCCGACGCGUCGCUCGCGGCGGCGCGCGACGCCAAGCGGCAGCGCCGCGCCGCCGAGGCGGACGCCGCGCUGUUCUCCAGCCCCCACUUUGCCGCGUUCCCGCCUGCCGGCUCCGUCCCGCCGGGCGGCCGGAUGGAGGUGGUCCUCCAGUUCUCCCCCGACUACGCGAGAAGCUUCGACGCGGCUGCCUACGUCGAGCUGGACGGCCGCGCGGCACGGCUGCCGCUGCGGCUGCGCGGCCGCGGGCUGGGGGCGGUGGCGUGCUUCUCGUACGAUUCGCUCGACGUGGGCGACGCCUUUGUGAACACGCUGCACGAGUACGAGGUCAACUUGAUGAAUAGGGGCCGCGUGGACGCCGAGUUCCGGCUGACGCCGUCGCACACCAGGUUUGGCUCAAAAUUCUCGUUUGACCCCGAGGCCGGCAGUAUACCCCCGGGCGGCGCGGCGCUCAUCCGCGUGCGCCUGGCGAGCGACGCACUGGGCGCCUUUGAGGAGGCCUUCCAGUGGCGGCUGGCGGGCAGCGACGCCGCGGUGCCGCUGGUGAUCAGGGGGCGCGUGAUAGGGCCAACCUUCGAGCUGGGGCCGCGCGAGGUGGACUUUGGGAUCGUGUCCUUUGGUUUCAGGUGCGUGAGGGACCUGGUGCUGACCAACACCAGCGCCAUACCCCUGGCCUACGCCUGGCGCCUCGUGGACGGCGCGCCCGGCGGCUCAGGCGGCGGCGCCGGCGGCCAGGGGGCGGCAUCCAAGGAGUUUGCCGUGAUGCCGGCGCGCGGCACGGUGCUGCCAAACGGGACCCAGCGGGUGCAGGUUGAGUUCAUGCCACAGUCCGUCCAGCGCUACUCUCUGCAGCUGAUCAUGGACCAGCCCGGCGUCGCGGACGCCGCCGCGUCGGUGCCCGUCGCCGCCGAGUGCGCGGUGCCGAUCCUGUCCGCGCGCCCGGCGGACGGGCAGCUGGACUUUGGGCAGGCGUACCUUGGGCACCCCUACCGCGCGUGCUUCACGCUCGUCAACGAGAGCCGGCUGCCUGCCAAAUUCGAGGUCCUGCCGCAGGACCAGGCCAGCCAGUGCGUCGCCACGUUCACGGCCGAGCCCAGCAGCGCCACGAUCCCGCCUAGGGGCGAGCAGCAGGUCACGGUCACGCUCUGCACCAGCCGCCUGGGGCGGCUGCAGCUGCCGGCGCUGGUGCGGACGCUCGGCAGCCGCGUCAAGCCGCUGCAGGUCGUGCUCAAUGCGCGGUCCCUUGGGCCCAGGCUCGAGUUCGCGCCGCCCGCAGGCGCCUGCAGGGCUGCAGUCAAUGUGGCCGCCGCAGCGGCGCCCGCAGGGAGUCCGGCGCCUGCGACGCUCGUAAACGGCAGCGGCGCCGAUGCAGCAGGCGGCCCCGUGGUGGCAAAUUUGGCGGGCGACGAUGGUCGCAGCCAAGAAAUGCCAGCAGCGGUGGCGGGAGAAGCGAGCGGGCUAAGCGGCGACGGGGCAGGGAUGUCAGCGCCGGCUGCAGCAGCGCCGGCCCUGGAGGCAAGCAGCUCCGCCGUGAGCGUCGGCGCCCCGCCCUCUUCAGGCCAACCCGCCGGCCGCCACAGCCGUGCGAGCGCCGCAUCCACCUCGCGAACUGCCUCCCCGUCUCCCGGGGGCGUGCCUCGGGCCCGCGGGCGCGGCCUGGGGGCUUCGACUGGCCCCUCGCCAGGGGAAGCGGUGCAGCCGUCCCCUUGGCAGCCGGGGGCGGCUGUGGCAUUCAAUAAAGUGGCUGUGCUGCAGCCGCACGUGCAGGAGCUGCGGGUGCGCAACCCCACCGUCAUCACGGCGCACGCCAAGCUAUUCAUAGAGGGCUCGAACUCCGUGUUUGACGCGGAACCUCGAGAGGUGGAGCUCGCCCCCGGCUGCGAGGUCGCCGUCCGCGUCACCGCCCUGCUGGAUGACGCCACGCCCGUCAGGGACACGCUCCACGUGCUCGUGGCGGACGGCGCUGACACGCCCAUCGAGCUGACCGCGACGGGUGUGGGCAGCACAGUCGUGUGCGAGGAGCUAGCGGGCGGCGCGCUCCACUUUGGCCACCAGCUGUGCGGGCGGCCGUGGGUGCGCGAGGUUGUGGUGCGCAACCUUGGACGCAGGGGCGUCAGCCUGCAGUGGAUGAACACGCGUGCGGACGAGCUGGCCAAGGCUUUUGCGAAGACGUCCAAGGGGUCUGGCAAGAAAUUUGAACUGUCUGCGGUCCCGGCCGACCAGGCGCCCGUCUUCAGCCUGCUGCCGGACCGCAUCGUGCUGGGGCCGCGCGAGGCCAUUACCACCAUCAUCACAGGCCUGGCGGCCAAGCCGGGGCAGGUAUCCGAGAGCCUGGCCUGCGUUGCGCAGCCGGCGACGGGCACCGCCGGCCGCAACGCCAAGCGCAUUUUUGAGGUGGACAUGCGGGCGGACGUGGCUGCACCACUCCUGGACUGGGGCCGCAGGGCGGUGGAAUUUUCCUACGUCUAUGCUCCGGGCGUGGCGCCCGAGGUGGUUUCGCAGCAGCUCAGCAUGAGAAACGUGUCCAAGGUGCCGCUGUCCUUUGUGCUGAGAGCGGCGGCACCGUUUUCAGUGGACGUGCCGGCGCUCUCGCUGCAGCCGGGAGAGGGCGCCAGCAUCGUGGUGUCUUUUGACCCUGACUACAGGCACGACCUGCGCAGCCACGUGGCGCGCCAAAAGCUGCUAGUCAGCUUCACGGACAACCCCCAGACCGAUGCCCUCGAGCUGACAGGGGAGGUGGAGUUCCCGAACCUGGUGUUGGACGCGCAGGCCCUGGACUUUGGCUGUGUCCUGAUGGACACGCUGCGCCGCGCUACGCUCACCCUCACCAACCCUGGCAAGGCGGCCGUCGAGUACAGCUGGGCCUGGCUGCGCCAGGACGCCCUUGCCCCCUCCCCCGCAGCCGCCAACCUCGACGGCCCCGAGCCCAGCUCCGCAGCGCUUGGCGGCGCGGCGACGCCCUCGGUCGGCGCGCGCGGCCCGCUCACGGCGCUGGGCUCAGCGCGGUUCGCCGGGUCGGUCGCGGCCAGCUCGGUGGCGGCGCUGCCAGGGGCGCUGUUCGACUUGCUGCCGAUCAGGGGCCGCCUCGCGCCUGGCGAGAGCGAGAGCGUGGAGGUCAGCUUUUACGGGCUGCCGGGCGUCAAGGCGACGGCACUGGCGGCGUGCAGGGUGGUGGAUGGGCCGGAGUAUCAGCUGUCCUUGAUUGGCGAGUCCAGCAGCAUCAAGUUUGCGGUGGAGCCUCAAUUCUUUGACCUUGGGCUCACGCCCUAUGACAGGCCAGUGGAGCGGGACCUGCACAUUGCAAACACAGGCAAGGUGGCCUUUGACUUCACCGUUGACCUCAGCCAGCUGACGCGUGCUGGCGUGGUGCAGGCCAGCCCCGCAGCCGGCAGGGUGGCAGCAGGCGAGAAGGCCCACAUCAAGCUCAAGGUCAAGCCGGGCGUCCCUGACAGGCUGAUGGAGCUUGUGCUGGUGCAGGUUGCCCAUUUCGAGCCGGUGCAGGUGCAGGUGCUGGUCGAGGGCACCUACCCCUGCAUCACCCUCAACCUGCCACGCGUGAAGGACGCGCUGUUCGCCGCCUGUGCGGAGGAGGCACGCGACAGGUCUGACGAGGGCCCACGAGCGACGACGCUCCAGUCUGUCGGCCCCGCGGUACCCCGCAGCGCCUCCGCGCGUCGCCAAGACGGCGGCGCCGCGCGGCCGUCCAGCGGCGCCACCGGCCGGGCCCCGAGCGUCGGCAGCGCGGCGCAGCGGGGCGUCGCGCCGCGCGCCGCGAGCGCCGUCGGCUCCGCGGUGGGGGCCGGGUCCGUCGCGGGCAGCGUUGUCGCGCGCUCGCAAGUGAGCGGCGCGUCGGGCGGCGCCGCGUCUGCGCGCAGCAAGGCGGCCAGCGCCGUGUCGGCGGGCGCGAUGGCUGCGCGCGACCGGCUGCUGCAGCUGGCGGCGAGUCUCACCCCGGAGAGGCGACUGGAUCUGGAGGCGGAGCGGGCGCGGCUAAUGCACAUGCUGCUCGACCCGGCGACCGCCGCCUCCGCCGCAGCCGAGCUGUCCACGGCCGUCGCGUCCGCCCGGGCGGCCAACGCGGCCGCCGUGGCCGCGCUGGCGCCGCCGCCACUGCAGGCGGCGCCGUCGGCGGCGACGCUCGGGGCGCAGCCGUCCGCUGGCACGGUGGGGACGGCCGUCACCAGGGGUGGGCGCACUGCGGCGAGCGCAGCGGCGCGGCGGGCGCCGCCCGCACCCAAGCUCCCGGAGCUUGCGUCUGCGCACUACGUGCUGGACUUUGGUUUCGCGACCAAGGGCGUGAACAAGAGCCGCAAGGUCAAGUUCACCAAUACGAGCAUGCAGCAGGUUCAGUUCACUGUGGACAAGCCCGUGCUGGAGGCCUUUGGCUUUGGCAUGACGCCAGAGGCAAAUGUCAAGCUGGCCGGGGCGCCAGAGUGUGAGUCUCAAGAACUCACGUUCACGCUGCUCAGCGCCAAGGGCCACGUCCAACCCGGCCCAACGGAGGUCACGCUGCCGCUCGCCAUCCGCGGCGGCUGCGCGGACAGCCCCGCGGUGCUGCUGACGCUGCGGGCGCACGUGGUCGUGCCGGACGUGGUCGCCAGCGCUACCGCACUGGACUUUGGGACCGUUUGCAACACGCACUGCAAGGUGUAUACCGUGCAGCUGCAGAACCCCAACCAGGUCCCUGCGGAAUGGAGCAUCAAGCGGCCGGCAGUAGACUCGCCAAAGCUGCGCGACUGGCCCUUCUUUGCGGCCGAGCCGGCCGAGGGCGUCCUUGAGCCCGGGGCGCGCGCCAACAUACGCGCGGGGCGCGACCAGCCGUACGUGCUGUCGCUACCCAUCAAGAUUGCCAAUAACCCAAAGACGUGCGACCUGGCCUGCAGCGGCCGUGGCUUUACCCCCAGGAUCGAGGUGUCGCAAGGCCUGGUGGACUGUGGCCCCAUCUUGCCCGCGUUCCCCGGCCAGCGGCCAGCCGAGGGUUCCCUGACCAUUACCAACCCGACUGACCGAGUGGUGGAGGUUGUGUGCCUGGAGCUUGAUCAGCGGCAUCGGGAAGACGAAGAGGCACUCAGGGCCCUAGAUAUUUAUGAUGACAAGGGUGUGGCGCUGCUGCGCCCCAUUGGACCCGGCGAGCCGCUCUGGCCGGAGCUCUUACAAAGCGCGGCGGAGGCCAAAGGGCAGCCACAGGCCGGCUCCGUGGCCUCACCAGCGGGGGUAGCAAACACGGGCGAGGAGCGACGUCCGGGGAGGGUAGUUAUUGCGGUGUACGGCCCGCCCAUGGCAGGUGUCUCCACGCAGGCUCAGAUGCUGGGGCGGCGCUACGGCGUCCCCGUCGUCACCCUUGAUGGCCUCAUACAGGAGGCGGCCGACAUGCAGGCGCCGGCUGCACUGCCCGACGCCAGUGGUGCCGAUGCCUUGGCGGACGCCCUUGCCCCCCAGCCUGUGCAGCAGCAACAGCAGCGGCAGGAUCACGAUCAAGAGCAGCAGCCACUUUUCGAUCCUGCACUGCGGGAGCUAAUCAUGUCUCGACUGCUGCAGCCGCCUGCCGCCAGUCGCCCUGGCAGCGUUCUGCCGCAGCUACGUCCAAGUACGGACGGCAGCGCGCCCACCGCCUUUGGUCAGGAGCGCCUGCCGUUGCCGCCAGUGGCCGCGCAGGUCUCACCCUCACCGCGUGUGCGGUCAGCCGGCGGCUCAGCUGCUGCGGCGGCUCAGGCUGCCGCCGCAGCGGCUGCUGCUGCGGCGGCGGCUGCACAGACAGCUGCCGCGGCCGCAGACAUUGCACUGCGGGCGCUGCGGCAGGCGCUGAGUCAGCAGCAGUAUGACAAAGGCUUCAUCGUGGACGGUUUGAGGUCCAAGGUUUUGGGUGCAGCAGCCGCUGCCCGCUGCCUGCUGCAAGCUGUGGGCCUGUCCCCCAAAGCGCCCCCGCCAGUCCCGGCCCUGCCGCUCACGGGCACCAAGGGCGGCAAGGCGCCGCCCGCGGCCGCCGCGGCGGCCCCUGCCGGCGCCGGCGCGGGCGCGGGGGGCACCCGCAAAGGCCCGGCGGGCGGCGCUGGGAAGGGCGAGGAGGCAGAGGGCACAAAGGCCGACGAGUGGGUGGGGGCGCAGAGGGUCUACACAGUGCAGCUGGACAUUCCCCGUGAGGUGGCGGCAGACCGCCUGGCAGCGGCAGCGCGCGCGGCGGCCGAGGGCCUAGAGGCUUGGGGCGUGGACACGGGGGAUGCAGGGCUGGUCGCUGAAGCGUCGCUGGCAUUCCAUCCGCAGCAGCAGCAGCAGCAGCAGCAGCAGCAGCAGCAGCAGCAGCAGCAGCAGCAGCAGCAGCGUCCCGAGAGCGGCGCCAGCACUUCGGAAGCCGGCCCAGUAGGUGUUGCUGCGUCCCGACCCCAGUCGGGUGCGCAGCCUCAGCCGCAGCAGCAGCAGCUGAAGACCGCGGAUAGCCCGGCAGCAUUUGACGCUAUGUGGCACGCAUUUGAGGCCGAUGCGGCGGCGCUCUCCCCGGUUCUGGGCCCGAUGCAGCCGGCGGACAGCCUGGUGGUCCACCGUGCAGUUGCGGCGGGGGCAGGCGAGGGCGACGUGUCGCGGGCUGUGAUCGGUGCGUCGUUCAACCUGUCCAAGGUUACCACACUGCUGCCCUCGGUCCCUGAGGACGCGCUGCUGGUGCCGCCGCCCUACGAGCUCCGCGUGCUGCAGCGGCCCAAGGCGCGCGCGGCGAGGGCCGCGGCCUCAAACUUUAAGGUCUGGACACUGCCAGGCGCGGACGCCGCCGCCGCGGCCCACGCACCGUGCAUGGACGCAGCUGCCGCCGCUGCCGCCGAUGGGGAUGCGGCGGCUGCGGCGGCGGCAGCGCCGCAGCUGCCGGGGCCGCCGGAGCAGGCCCCGUCGCCGCCGCCGGCGGCGGGUGCAGCAGCGGUGUCGGCCAGGAGGGCUGCGGCCGGCGGCGGGGCGACCCCGAGGAAGGGGAAGAAGGCGGAGGACCAGGCUGAGCCGCAGCCCCCUGAGGAGGACAGGCGCAACCUGCUGCCGCUGACGCGCUGGGUGCUGCCGCCCAAGGGCAGCGUGCAGCUUGUGGCCCAGUUCGCCUCCGACUCUGCCGGCCGCUUCAGCGAGCUGCUGGGCUUCGAGGCCGUGGGCGGCGACCGCCACAGCACGGUGGUGCUGUCUGGGGCGUGCGACUACCCGCGCAUCAACACGGACCCCAAGUCUGUCUACCCGAAGACAUCCAAGACGCGCCCCCAGACGCCGUCCAUCAAGCAGGUCUUCGUCCUCCCAACAGCCACCUUCGAGUUCGGUCCGCUCCUCGCCGGCCGCCCACCGCUCAAUCAGCCGGCCCCGCCCGCCACGCCGCCCGCCGGCGGCACGGCCGCGGGCGCGGCCACAGGCGCAGGCGCGGCCCCGGCUGCUUCCGCGGCGGCCGGCCUGGCGAGCGCCGGGGCGGCGCCACCAGAGGGGCACCCAGAGCAUACGGCCAGGUUCAAAAUCGCAAACUGCGGCCUGUUUGAGCUGCACGCCGACUUUUGGCUGAAGAGUGAGGGGGAUGCUGCCGACCCGGCCGCCGCCCAGGUCGACCCGGGCAAGGCCUCGAAAAAGGCCCCCCCGGCCAGCGCCGGCGGCGCCGCGCCCGCCGCCGCCGCGGGCGUGCCCGUCCCUGCGGGCACCAACCACCGUGGAAGCAUGCGGGGCGUCGCGGCGCCGGCGCCGGCGGUGGCGCUUUGGCCGCGGUCGAUGGGGCUGGCGGUGGGGGAGGUGCGGGAGCUGCGGGUCACUGUGUACCCCCAGGCUGAGGGGCCGGCACAGGAUGUCAUCAUGUGCAGGUUGCGCAACAACCCCGUGCCCCUUGAGUUCCCCAUCAGCUACGUCGGGGCGCGCCCCACCGCCCAGAUCACCCUCAACGACCCCCCGCCAGCGCCCCUCGCCGGCGGCCCCUCCGCCGGCCGGCUGUCUACUGACGGCGGCGCCGGCGGCGCUGGCCGGCGGCGGGCCGGCGGCGUCGGCGGCAAGGGCGGCGCGAGAGAGUCGCAGCUGCUGGCGGGAGCUGAGCAUUUGAUUCAGUUUGAGCGGCUGCUUGUGGGCAAGAGGGACUCCAAGAGCUUGACGCUGUCAAACCUGGGGGUGGUGCCGUUCAAAUGGCGCGUGGCGGGCAGCGAGGCGCUGCCGCAGGAGUUGAAGGUCUGGCCGGCGGCUGGUGAGCUGGCGGCGCGCAGCAGUGUGACGGUGACUGUUGACUUUUCGGCGCUCGACAAGAGGGAGCUGGCCGAGCUGGUCAGACUUGAGGUCAUGGACCUGCAGGAGGCGCUAGGUGUGGUGCAGUCCAUCCCCAUAGCAGUGAAGGGAGAGUCCUACAAGAUCGAGGUCGCGGUCAAAUACCCCCAGGAGGGCAUCCAGGGCGUCCAGUUCGGCCCCAUGCGCGUGGUGGACGACGCGCCGCGCUCGCUGCUGUUGCGCAACGGCGGCAAGUACGACGCGGCGUUCAGGUUCGCGGUCGGCAGCCAGGCGGUGGCGGAUCUGGUGACCAUAGCGCCGAUGGACGGCACCAUCCAGCCGGGCAAGGAGGCGGCCGUGGUGCUCCACUGGAACAAGGACCGCGCCUUGCGCCGCGAGGUGACGCUCGACGGCAACACCGAUGUCACCCUCUCCCUGAUAGAGCCCGCCACCGGCCGCGCCGAGCAGACGCUGCCCGUCCGCCUGUCCGCGCGCGCCCAGUUCAGCAAGUACAGCGUCACCCCCGCGCGCGGCCUGCACUUUGGCCCGAACACCUACGGCACCACCUCAAAACCUUGGAGCUUCGAGGUCUGCAACCUCGGGGAGUUCCCAUUCACCCUCAGGCUGUCGCAGCUGGGCGAGGCCCCCAAGCCGCCCCCCGACGACGGCUCCGCCGCGGCGGCCGCGGCGGCCGCCGCCGCCGCCCCCAAGGGCCCGAAGGCCGCCGCGGCCGCGGCCGCGGCCGCGAAGAAGGCUGCGCUCGCAAAGGCGGCCGCGGAGGCCGCGGCGGCGGCGGCGCUGGCAGGGUCCAACCAGCUGCGGCUCGGUCAAUUCGUGUUUGACCCUGCAGAGGCGGUGGUUCAGCCGGGCGGGCGCCAGGAGGUUGCGGUGACGUUCAAGGCGGAGGGAUCUGCCGCCUACCGCGCAACCGCGGGGCUGAGCAUCAGCGAGAGGGACUUUGGGGACCACCCAGACGGACUGCCUUAUGAGGUUGCGGGCGAGUCGUGCAUCCCAGUCGCUCAACAGAGGCUCGGCUUCAUCCAGUGA